AUGAACAACCCUUCAAUAAGAAAAGAAACUGAAAAUUUUUGCAGUUUUUCAAACAAAAAUUUAUCAAGUAUAAAUUUAAAUACAACCAAAUGUAAUAAAUUUGUUAAAAAUGAAAAAAAAUCUUCUGAAAAACUAGAAAACAAUAAUAAUAAUAAUAAUUUAAAUAAUUACUCAAAUAACUAUUUUUCAUAUGAUAAAAGCAUAGAAAAAAUUAACCAGAAUGUAGAAUUUAAUAAAUUAAACGAAGAAAUACCAUUAAAAACUAAUAAUAAUUUUUAUUCUCACAAUAUUUCUGAUAUAUACAUGAAUUCAUUAACUACAUCGAAUUAUUGUUUAAGUAAAGAUAUUUCUUCAAAAGUAAAUUUAGAUGAAAAUCUCAAAAGAGAAAGCAAAUUGAAUAACGAAGAUAAAAUAACAAAUAUAUCAAAUAAUUAUAAUAUAUCUAUAAAUUUAUUAAACAAUAAUGAAUGUAUAAACACAUUUAAUAAUUCAAAUACAAAUGAUAAAAUAAUACAAAAUAAAAAGGAAAUGACAGAAAAAAAAAAUGUAAACUCUUAUUUUAGUAGUUUUGAUAAAUUAAAAAAUAAUGAAGAAAAAAUAAAUUACAGUUAUAAUAACUUAAUCUCUAGAGAUAAUGAAAGAAAUUUAAAGGCAGAAGACUAUCAAAUUAAUAGAAUAUCUGAGCUCGAAUUAAAAAAUAAUUUGAAUACUUCUUUUGUAAAAGUAUCAGAAUGUAAUAUCAUGGAUAAUAAUUUAAUAAAAGAAGCGGAAGGUAGGCAUUUAGUAAGUAGUAGCGCUUAUAAUAACUGUCAAAAUAAUAAUAUUAAUAAAUAUAUGGAUAAUAAUAUUGAUAACAUAUAUAAAAAUAUAAAACAAUUUGAAAAAAAUAAAAAUGAUAUAAAUAAAAAUUUAACGUAUGAUAACUUAAAAAGUGAUAAGCAAGGCAUCGAUGAUGAAAAAAAAAACAGUAAUAAUAAUGGAAUAAGUGAACUGAAAAAUGUGGAUUCCUUUGAAACUGAAAAUUAUAAAGAAAGUAUAAAAUUACAAAAUAUUUCUAAAAUAGGUAUAAACAAUUAUAAUAUAAUGGAGAGUUCAAUCAAUCAAAAAGAAAGUAAAAGUAAUUUAAAGCAUGAUUUAAUGGAUAAUAAGCAAAACAGUUCAAUUAAUGUCGUUUUUAAUAAUACUUCUGUCAAUAGUAAAUAUAUUAAUAAUAGCUCAGUAAGGGAUAUUUAUAAAAAUCAUUUGAAAAUUGAUGAAAUGAAUGGAGCAAAUACCUUAAAAAAUAAAGAAAAAAAUAUAACUCAUAGUAUAAAUGAAAAUAAUAAUGUUAGUAUAGAAUAUGAAAAUGAGUUAUCAAUUUAUAAAAACAAUUGCAGAGAAGUAAAUAAUUAUGAAGCAUCUAAAAUAAAUGGUAAGAACAUCAAUAAUGUAUCUGAAUGCAGCAAAAAUAAUAUAUAUAAUAUAAAUAAUAUACCUAGUAAAAUUAACCAUAAUUUUAAUGAUAACAUAAUGCAAAACAAUAUGAACUUUUUAAAUAAAGAAAAAAUGAAUGACCAAGUUAAUGAUCCAUUGAAUAAAAUAAAUUAUAAUAUAUGCAACGCUAUGCAAAAUAAAUUAGUGAAUGAACCAGGUUGUAUAGCAAAUAAUAUAAAUAAUCAGGUUAAUAAUAACAGGAUUAAUCAUCAAAUGCAUUUUGAGAUGAUUGAUAAGCAAGUAUAUGAUAAUAUGAAUAACUUUGAGUUAUAUAAUAGUAAUAAAAAUAAUAAUAAUAAUAAUAAUAAUAAUAAUAAUAAUAAUAAUAAUAAUAAUAAUAAUAAUAAUAAUAAUAAUAAUAAUAAUAAUGAUAAUGAUAAUGAUAUUAAUAAUGAAAUGCUUAAUAAUGAUACAAAUAACAAAAUAUAUAAUAAUGAUGCAAAUAAUCAAAUAUGUAAUAAAAUAAAUUAUCAAAGGCUAUUUGAUAAUAAUGAUAAUAAUAAUAAUAGAGUCUAUACUAAUGUGGAUAAUAAAGCAUAUAAUAAUAUGGAUAAUAUAGCAUAUAAUAAUAUGAAUAAUCAAGUAUAUAAUAAUAUGAAUAAUCAAAUAUAUAAUAAUAUGAAUAAUCAAGUAUAUAAUAAUACAAAUAAUCAAAUAUAUAAUAAUAUGAAUAAUCAAGUAUAUAAUAAUACAAAUAAUCAAGCAUAUAAUAAUGUAGAUAAUAAAGUAUACAACAAUGCAGAUAAUAAAUUAUAUAAUAAUGAAGAUAACCGUACAUAUAAUAAUGGGGAUAUUCGACCAUAUAGCAAUGUAGAUAAUAAUAUAUAUAAUAAUAUGAAUAAUACACUUGCAUAUUAUAAUUAUAAUUACAAUCCAAACGGAACUAAGGAAUCAAAUAAUUAUAAUUAUUACAAUAACAACAUAAAUAAUGAAUUAACUAGUAAACAAAAUAACAACUUAUACUUAGGAAAUGCUGUUAAAACUGGAGAAUAUAAUUUAGAUUCAAAGCAUGAGGAAAAUGAAUUGGAAGAAGAAAAAGAAUUGAAUAAAAAAAAAAAUGAAGUAUAUGAAGAUGAAAAAGAAAGUUCGAGUGAUGAAAAUUCAAGUAAUAAUGAAAAUUCUAUAAUAGACAAGGGGGAAGUAUACACCUUAAUUAAAAAAACCUUAAAUCGCAUAGACAUGAAUAAGAUUCCUAGACCUAUAAUUAAUUUUUAUGAUAAAAAGAAUAAAAGAAACCUAAAAGUUUUUGAAACGUGCAAGUAUAUUUCUCCUCCUUCUUUUUUUCAGCCAUAUAUAUCUAUUGAUACUGGCAAGGCAGAUCCUCGCUUUAUUAAAAGUACUUUAUAUCAAGUUCCAUUAUUUUCAGAAACAUUAAAAUUAUCUAAAAUACCAUUUGGUGUUAUAGUAAAUCCCUUUGCAUGUUUAAAUGAAGGAGAAGUAGAUAAAAUUGAUAUGAAAGAUGUUAUAAAUGACAAAGAAGAAAAUAUAGAGAUAUUAAGGUGCCCUAAAUGUUUUAGUUAUUUGCAUGCAACUAUAUUGGAGGAUUUAUCAAAAUCAAAAAAUUGUGUUUUUUGCGAAACACAAUUUUUUAUUAACGAGAAUGUAUUAUUCGAUAUAUAUCAAUAUAAUGAGAAGAUAAAUCAAAGAGAAAAUGAAAAUUAUGGAAGAAUUUCUCCAUUAUUAAAAGGUAGUGUAGAUAUUUUGUUACCUCCAAUAUACUUUAAUAAUUAUAAUAGUAUAAAAUUAUCCUAUACUUAUUUAAACAAAAACAUUAAUCAAACAGCUACUAUGAUAACAAAUAAAAUAAAGUCAAUAACGAAACAAAUAUCAAAUUCAUUGGUUACUUAUGAUAUGAAAGGAUCUGGUAAACAAAAAAUGAAUAAUACAUUUAAUGAGACAUCAGAAACUAACAAGAUAGUAUCAAAUAAUUUUUGCACCGAUCCAUCUCAAAGUAACGAAGAAAUAAUAAAUAACAUAAAUUUUAAUUUUAAUGAAAUAAAAAAUAUGAUAAAUGAAAAAAAAGAAUCUGAGGAAUAUAAAUUUAAAAGAGAUAAUAUAUUAUCAAAGUAUCCCCAAAUUAAGAAAUGCUUACCUCCUUAUUUUGUAUUUGUCGUAGAAUGCUCUUAUAAUGCAGUAUAUAGUAAUAUAACUCAUACCAUAUUAGAAGGAAUUAGAUAUGCAGUACAAAAUACUAAAUGUGAUAAAACAAAAAUUGCUAUCAUUACAUUUAACAGUGCAAUACACUUUUAUAAUUGUAAAAAAAAUAAUAACAAUAACCAAGUAAUUGUAAUGAGUGAUAUAGAUAAUCCCUUUAUUCCUUUACCAUUAAAUGAUUUAUUUUUUGGAUGCAUAGAAGACUUAGACAAAAUUAAUAACUUGAUAGAUGUCAUUAAGUCAAUUACAAGUACAAUGCAAUCAUACGGCUCAUGUGGAAAUAGUGCUUUGAAGGUUGCCAUCGAUAUGCUAAAAGAAAGAAAUGGAGCUGGGAAUAUUUGUAUGUUCUAUACAUCUACUCCAAAUUGUGGAACUGGAGCAAUAACAGAGUUAAAAAGAGAUUUUCAAGAAAAUAUGUCAGAGGUAAAACAAAAAAUUUUUUACGAUUCGUUAUUAUUAGAUUUAUAUUCUUAUAAUAUUAGCGUAGAUACAUUUAUUAUUUCAUCAAAUAAUAUUCACAUUUGUGUACCCUCCUUACAAUAUAUUGCGCAAAAUACAGGAGGAAAAAUAUUAUUUAUUGAACAUUUUGUAUGGCAAAAAGACUAUAAAGAAAUAUACAUGAAUAUAAAGGAUACUCUAACAUCAGAAGAUAUAGCUUAUUUUUGUGAAUUAAAAUUACGAUAUUCUCAAUAUAUAACAGUAAAGAAUUUAUUUUGUUGCAACAAUAAUUUUAAUUCAAUAAUUAGUGUUGAUACUAUUAAAAUUCCCAAAAUAAGAUAUGACCAUACCUUUGCAUUUUUAUUUAAUUAUUCUGACAUGUUAGAAACAAAAAAACAGUUGUACAUUCAAUGUGCAUGCAUCUAUACAAAUUUAAAUGGAGAUCGUUUCGUUCGUUUGCAUACAACUCAUAUGAAUUUGACUACUUCCUUAAGCACUGUUUUCAGAUAUACUGAUGCUGAAGCAUUAAUGAAUUUAUUAAUUAAACAAUUAUGUACAAAUAUUUUACAUAAUGAUAAUUAUUCAAAGAUAAUAAUAGAUAAUUUAGCUGAUAUUUUAUUUUCUUAUAGAGUAAAUUGUGCCUCUUCUGCUCAUUCAGGUCAACUAAUUUUGCCUGAUACAUUAAAAUUAUUACCUCUUUUUGUAUCUUCUUUACUGAAACACAAUGUUGUGAAGAAAGAAGUUUUACAUGAUUUAAAAGUAUACAGUUUAAUAAAAUUGUUGUCUUCACCAAUCAUUUCAUCUCUUUUGUAUGUGUAUCCUAUUACAUAUUUAAUUCACAUGAAAGGAAGGGAAAAUGAAAUUGAUUCGAUGGAUAUAGAUGAUGAGAUAUUUCUUCCUAGAACAAUACCAACAAGUGCAGAAAAAAUUUAUUCAAAUGGAAUAUAUUUAAUAGAUGCUUGUACCCAUUUUUAUCUUUACUUUGGAUAUCAUUCCGAUAUGGAUUUUACGAUAGAAAUUAUAGGAGAGAUACCAACAGAGCAAAAUUACCAUGAAUUAAGUUUGACAGAUAGUAUUAAUGCAAAGAAAAUUCAACGUAUAAUUCUUAACAUAACUAGAAUAUAUCAUUUCAAUAAAUAUAUCCCAUUAGUUGUAGUUGCACCAAAAUCUAGUCAAGAAUCACAUUUAAUAUCAUUAUGUGUCGAAGACAAAGUUGAUAAGGAAUAUAGCUAUGUAAAUUUCUUAUGUUUUAUUCAUAAAUUAGUACAUAAAAAAAUUGAUGAAUCAUAA